AGCAAAAACAAAUAGUAAUCCUGUAUUCACUCAAUUCAUACUCAUUAUUAAUAAAAUGCUUGCGAGCAAACGACGUGUGAAUGUUGUGCUGUAAAGUGUAUUAAAGGAAAAUAUGGGUGGAAUCAAUGGUAGUGCAAUUGAGGAUUUGGUGCCGGGCCUGGAGGAAUACGAGGACAGCGCAGCACUGGCCGCAGUGAAGCUGUACACGGAUUACCCGGAGUGGCUGCUGCAAUUCGCUGGGGCGUGCUGCAUUCUGUUCAUGGUCAUCGGCAUUCCAGGGAACCUUGUCACCAUCAUCGCUCUUGCGCGGUGUAGGAAGGUUCGGAAUGCCACAGCAAUAUUUAUAAUCAACCUAUCGUGUUCCGACCUUCUCUUCUGUUGCUUCGUCCUGCCUCUCCAAACUUCAAUAUUUUACCAACGUGCAUGGAUCCAUGGGAAACUUCUCUGCCGAUUGCUCCCGCUAGCGAGAUAUGCUUUGGUAGCUGUCUCGCUUUUCACAAUAUUGGCUAUCACUAUCAACAGAUAUAUUAUGAUCUCGUUCCCAAUGCUUUAUCCUAGGUUAUACAGAAACCGGUACUUGUGGAUUAUGAUCGCUGGACUCUGGUUGUUCCCGACCAGUGUGCUCAUACCAACCUACUUCGAAGAGUGGGGUCGGUUCAGCUUAGACCCCAUCACGGGCUCCUGCUCUAUAGUGGCUGAUGAGAACGAACUAUCUCCAAAAAAGUUUCUAUUCAUUGCUGCAUUCGUUCUCCCAAGUUUGGCAAUAAUCAUAUGCUACGCAAGAAUCUGGUGGAUCGUGAGGAAAGCAGCGAAAAUGGCUCGUAUUCCAAUGUACACACGACCAGUAUCUGCUAUGGAAGCUGUGCAAAUGAGCAGUAAAGAUGCACGAACAUCUAAAAGCCAGAGUAAAAAGAACUUAAACCAGAUCUCCCCCUUACAAAAAGACGGACGCUGCCAACUAGCUCUCGGCUGCUUUUUGAACACAGGCGCGGAACUAUCUUCUGUAGAAAGUUCUAUACCAGAAGAACAAGACUCGGGACAAAGACCUCGUACAUUAGGCGCGGAGUCUAUGAGCAAUAUCCGCAAAAGUUUCGUAGCAACAUUCAAGCGACCGUCGGGACCGCCCAAGCCUCGUCUCCCUACGAAGAAAGAUAAAAAACUACUGACAAUGAUCGUCGCGAUAAUGGUGUCGUUUUUGGUCUGCCAUCUCCCCAUUACAUUGACGAAGACUGUGUUCCAAGAUUUCAAGUCUCACCCUACUUCUAACAUUAUAGGAUACGUGCUGAUAUACAUAACAACUUGUGUCAACCCCAUUAUUUAUGUUGUGAUGUCAAAUGAGUACAGGCAAGCAUACAAAAAUUUGUGGAAAUGUGGGCGAUGAGAACCGCCCCGCGAACUCUCUUGAAACCCUGAUAAGACUUUAUUGUAAGUAUUUUGUGUGACAAGUAUUUUUGUGUGCGAUAAAGUUGUAUUUAUUAGGUAGGUGUGAGCCGUCCCUGUCUGAAUAAGAGAUUAGUGUGAUGUGAAUAAUGAAUGUUAAUGAGUGCAAUUCUUAUUUAAAAUGUACGAGUAAUCUCAUAUUUGUAAAUAUGUUGUUAGUGUAGUUUUGGAGUUUAAAGAGCCGCGUAAAUAGCGUGUCAAUAAUACAACUUGGACAUGAAUUCCCGGACUUGGUAUUUGUAUACACGUCACAUUCCCUGAUUAUAUAUUGUGAAUUUUGUCAUUAUUGUUGCUAUUCAACAUUUCUAUUCUGAAAAUUUGUUAUUCACAAAAGGCUAUAGAAUUUUAAAUAUCUAAGAAUAACAAUUUUUUAAAUAAAUAUUUUAAUUAAACGAAUCUUACCUCGACCUAGCUAUAGGGUAGAUGUUUGAUAUAUUUGAUUUACUGUAUAUUCAGUAAUAGCGUAUAACUCGAAUACUCCUAAGACCUAAGAUAAAUUUGUAAGACCUGUGGUUGACUAGCAUUGUUUCGGUUACUUUUUGUGAACUAAUUGAGUGCUGUAACAAUGUUUGCUUACUAUGCUGACGUUGCAAGCACUUAAUAAUCAUAAAAAUUAAAAUGUUAACAAAAAGUCACCGUAACAAAUAAACAGUUAAAGGGGUCAGAGUUUGUAAUAUUUUUACCAUAAGAAAAAUAUAGUGAAAUGUUGAAUGAUAAACCGCUACCAUUGUUUACAAAUUAUCGAAUAAAUUGAAAGUGUAUACGCCGUUUCUACAAUCGCUGACGUAAACUGUGGUUCUUAUUCCAACAAUUACAAAGUAUAGUUUUCUGUAAAACAAAUCUCGUACAACUUAAUUGACGCACUUCGUAUGUACGUUUGUGGUUUGUUUCCACGUACGCGCUACUAAUUGUUUCCUCUGAGUUUAUCAAGUUGAUGUUUAGUCACACUAACAUAGGUGUACCGUACGAUGUGUACAAUAUCAAUAUGUGAUAUUAUUGUAUGUAAGAUGGAUGUCAAAGACAUAAAUGUUUUCGAUAUUAAUGAUAUUUUGAAUCGAAAAAGGUGCUGUUGUAACGAGCUAUACAUGUGCUCCGUUUCCUAAAAUCUUGAAUAGCUUUUGGAUAAUGUCGAAUUUUUGGAAUAAUUUACUUACAAAUCCCUCGCAACAUUCAUUGAUGUAAAUUGUAAAUCAGAAACUAUUUUAUCAACAUUAAAUUGCGAUAGGCGUAUAACAGCACUAUAUUUAAUCGUUACUAUGAGGCAUUAAACGGUUAACAAUACGAAAAUAAAAUCUAUUGUCGAAUUAGAAAGCAACUGUAAUUUCACGUAAAAAAUUAAAUUCUUUAUGAGUGCGGCAGCUAUCAUUGCAGAGAGUUAAAUUGUCCCGUAGUAGGGGUUCUGAUUAUCAUUUAAUUAUACGAUGUUUUUUUAAAAUAUGAACAGAUUUCAGAAGAAAUAAUAGUAAUUUACUAACACUUAUCCAAUGUAAAAAGACAAUCAUUCCAAAUUGUAACCCCUUUGUAUCAAAAUAUUAAUUGUUAGUAUAUUAAAUGUUUUAUACGCUAAGUAUAGACUAAGUACGAGUAUAUAAUUGUAACCGUUUAUUUCCAAAGGUGUCUGUAGUCAACUUUUAGACGUAAAAAACUGUUAAAGUAUUUAAUUUAUAUGUUGAUAUGCUACUUUGAUAAGUUUUCUAUAUUAAGAUAUAUUGAAUCGACAUCUUAUGCUGGGGUCACACUGAGGUCCCAUGACAUUAAUUAUAAUCGCAUUAAUUAGGUGUAAUGAGGUUAAUAAGGUAACAACCUUAUUAAUUUGUAUUAAUAAGGUUCGCCAUAUCUUACAACGGCAUCCAUUGUGGUAUUCGCCAUUUAGGAUUUGAUUUUGUCAAAUUGCGAUAUUUUUACGCAUUUCAUAAUGCGAUAAACAUUAACCUUAGUGUAGCUCCAGCACAACAGUUUUACAGGAAAAUAAAUUGGCUAUUAUACGAGAGACUUGAUAAACAAAAUAAUUUUCGAUUUCGAAAUCAAAAAUUACAAUCUAAUAAUGGUUUGUCAGUUUUCGGGUAGAAUGUAACUGUUAUUAUUCAGCAGAAAUAUACAUAAAAUUUUAAAUCAAUGCCAACCUUCAUUGCGGUUUAAUUUUUCAAAGUAUCACGAAAUUGUUCGGUUUCGGAAAUUUGUAGAUUUUAUUUUAAUUAUGACUAAUAAUUUCCACCUUAGUAUUAAUAGUCUCUCUGCGGCGUUAAUAUGCAGACUAUAUUUUCCUGUAAAAAUAUAUAUUCAUGUGGCUUUUGAUCUAUUGGAGCAGUCAUACAAUACCCUGUAAGUAAUAUAAAGAAUUUUAGAUGCAGUCAAAACUAUUCCUGGAGACAUUAUGCAUAAAUUUUAAAAAAAUAUUGUAAAUGAAUAAGUAUGUAGUUUUGACUGUAUUGAAAUUCUAUUUGUUAAAUAGUCAUCCAUGUUGCUACCAAAGAACCAAACCUGGGGCCAGGCCAUCCCUUAAGCCAUUGUACUUACCAAAGAUGUAUGAAAAUAAAUAAACAAUGUUAAAUUUAA